CGGACCCGCCGCCACCGCCGCCCCCGGGGGAGCCCCUUCUCCUCAUCCGCCGGGUGCCCCCCGCCGGGAUGUUCUCCAGGAAGGGCCACGCCGAUGUCAGGAAAUCCACGCAGAAGGCGCUGGACCCCAAGCGGGACGUACUCACCCGCCUCAAGCACCUCCGGGCGCUGCUGGAUAAUGUGGAUGGAAGUGACUUGAAGCAUUUUUUUGAGAACAAUUAUUCUCAAAUUUAUUUUAUAUUCUAUGAAAACUUCAUAACACUGGAAAACAGCUUGAAACAAAAAGGGAAUAAGUCACAAAGGGAGGAGCUGGACUCCAUUCUCUUUCUUUUUGAAAAAAUAUUGCAGCUACUACCUGAGAGGAUUUUUUAUCGAUGGCAUUUUCGCAGUAUAGGGUCAAUUCUGAAGAAACUUUUACACACUGGAAAUUCCCUCAAGAUAAGAUGUGAAGGAAUCCGACUGUUUCUUCUCUGGCUUCAAGCGCUUCAGACUAACUGUGCGGAAGAGCAGAUAUUAAUAUUUGCAUGCCUUGUGCCUGGCUUCCCACCCAUUGUGUCCUCCCGAGGCCCCUGUACACUAGAUAACCUCAUUAGCCCUCCUAAUUCUCCAGAAGCCAAGAUUUUUCCAGAAGAAAUAACUCCACUUUUGCCAGCUGUUUCUGGAGAGAAAAUUGCUGAAGACCAAACCUGCUAUUUUCUUCAGCUACUGUUAAAGUAUAUGGUAAUUCAGGCUGCAAGCUUGGAGUGGAAGAACAAGGAGAACCAAGACACUGGUUUUAAGUUUCUCUUUACUUUGUUUAGAAAAUAUUAUCUUCCUCAUUUAUUUCCAUCUUUUACAAAGCUAACCAACCUCUACAAACCUGUUCUUGAUAUUCCUGAUACGAGACCAAGACCAGUAUACAUUACUGCAACACGAAACAAUGAAAAUGUUUAUUGCACAAAAAUCCCAUAUAUGGCAGCUCGAGUUGUUUUUAUUAAGUGGCUUGUUACCUUCUUUCUUGAAAAGAAAUAUUUAACUGCUGUUCAGAAUAACAAAAAUGGAGGAGAAAUGCUCCCUAAAAUAAUUCAGACUGUUGGUGGUGUAAACCAAGAUAAAAAUGCAGAGCUGGAAACCAGUAUGUCUUACAGCAGUGAGCAGGAGAGAAGCCAUUCCAACAGCAGCACCUUGUCUGACAGGAGGCUCAGCAACUCCAGCCUCUGCAGCAUCGAGGAGCAGCACAGGAGUGUCUAUGAGAUGGUGCAGAGGAUCCUCUUAUCCACCCGGGGAUAUGUUAACUUUGUUAAUGAGGUGUUUCGACAAGCUUUUUUAUUGCCUCCCUCUGAUAUCUCUGCAACACGGAAAGUGGUGAAGGUGUAUCGGAAGUGGAUAUUGCAGGAGAAACCUGUGUUCAUGGAGGAGCCAGACAAGAAGGAUGACAGCCAGGAUGCUGCUGCCAGCUUAGAGGAGUCGUCAGUGCAAGUGGAUGGUAAACAUCUCUCCUCUGAGCACUCUGGACACAAGCGCUCCUCCAGCUGGGGCAGGACGUACUCCUUCACCAGUGCUGUUAGCAGAGGGUGUGUGGUAGAGGAUGAGGACAAAAAUGUUAAAGCUGGUGCUCAAGCAGCAUUGCAGGUGUUUGUGACAAACUCUGCAAAUGUUUUCUUACUGGAACCGUGCCUUGAAGUCCCUCUGCUUCUGAAGGAACAAGUUGAUGCUUGCAAAGCAGUUCUGGGCAUCUUCAGGCGCAUGAUAAUGGAACUAUCGAUGAACAAAAAGACAUGGGAACAGAUGCUACAAAUACUCCUUAGAAUAACAGAAGCUGUGAUGCAGAAGCCAAAAGAAAGCCAAGUGAAGGACACGUUUGCUCAGAGCAUGUCAGGAUUACUUUUCCGAACCCUGAUUGUGGCUUGGAUCAGAGCAAACCUGAGUGUUUACAUUUCCCGGGAGCUGUGGGAUGAGCUGCUCAGUGUUCUGUCCUCCCUGACCGACUGGGAGGAGCUGAUAAACGAGUGGGCCAAUAUCAUGGACUCUCUCACAGCAGUGCUGGCAAGAACUGUGUAUGGGGUGGAAAUGACAAACCUACCCUUGGAUAAGCUCAGUGAACAAAAGGAAAAAAAGCAGAGAGGAAAAGGUGUCAUUUUAGAGCCUCAGAAGACAGCUGUAGUGGGAAGAUCUUUUUCACUAAGCUGGAAGAGUCACCCUGAAGUUGUGGAGCCAAUGAGAUUCAGAAGUGCAACAACCUCUGGAGCCCCAGGAGUUGAGAAGGCAAGAAAUAUUGUUCGUCAAAGAGCAACAGCUAAGCGAAGCCAGUCUAUCAGCAACUGUGCUCAUCUUUAUGAGGCUUUGCCAGCCACUAAAAGUGUACCUCUUCUGCUUCACACUGUGAGCUCUCUCUUACCUGGUAUCUCUUACACUUCUUGCUCUCACAGACUGUCAGAAGUUGAAGAAUCUCAACAGCUGGAAAAUUCAACAGGAUCAGAAGCCACGGGGCUGUUUGCAGACCAAGAGCAGCAACUAACUCGAAGCAGCAGCACCUCAGAUAUUGCUGAUCAGUUGCCAUCUGAUUUUUUUCAGGGUAAAAAGUCUGGGAGCUCUCAUAAUUUAACUUCUUCAGACUCCAAAUCACUUCAGGAAAGUAAGGGAUAUAUGAAGAAGGAACAAGAAGCUGAGCAAGCACUGGUACAAAGAAGCAGUAGUACAGCUGAGUUAGAUUUGAAGGCAGACUUGCAGCAGGCUCAUGGAAAUUACAGAGAGAGAGAGAAAAGUGAAAGUGUCAGCAGUGACACGUCCGUGGGUUAUAAUAAUGAAGUGGAGAUUGCACUGAUCCCCUGGCAAGCUGCUGAAGAUGACCAUGAAGUUAAUGCCUCAGCAGAUGUUUGUGUGGAUCCUGAUGCCCCUCGCUGGCUUCAGCUUAGUCCCUCAGACACUGCAAAUUUAACAGACAGUAGUGAGUUCCUAGCUGAUGACUGCAGUAUCAUUGCUGGUGGAAGCCUCAUCGGUUGGCAUCCUGAUUCUGCUGCAGUGUUGUGGAGGAGGAUCUUGGGGAUUCUUGGAGAUGUGAACAAUAUACAGUCACCUAAAAUCCAUGCAAAAGUUUUCGGGUAUCUUUAUGAGUUGUGGUUUAAACUUGCAAAGAUACGGGACAACCUUGCCAUCAGUGUGGACAACCAGUCUACCCCUUCUCCUCCUGUCUUAAUUCCUCCUCUCAGAAUCUUUGCUUCAUGGUUAUUCAAGGCAACCACCCUGCCCAGUGAGUAUAAGGAAGGCAAACUGCAGGCAUACAGGCUGAUCUGUGCUAUGAUGACUCGGCGGCAAGAUGUUCUGCCAAAUUCUGAUUUCCUGGUUCAUUUUUAUUUUGUGAUGCACCUUGGCUUGACAAGUGAAGACCAGGAUAUCUUGAACACUGUCAUCAGGCACUGCCCACCCUGGUUUUUCUUCCUGAGCUUACCUGGCUUCACAGUGCUGAUUGGGGACUUCAUCUCUGCAGCAGCCAGGGUGCUGAGCUCAGACCUGCUGGAGGCUCCCCGCUCAGAAGCUCACACCAUCCUUGGUUCUCUUGUUUGCUUUCCAAAUAUCUACCAAGAAAUCCCACUCCUGAGGCCCAUCUCAGACGCUGGAGAUCUCAUCGCGGGAACGUCAGAUGUGAAGUGCUACCUCAUAAAUAUUUUACUGAAGAAUGCUACAGAGGAACCAAGUGAAGCUGCAAGAUGCAUUGCCAUUUGUGGCCUUGGAGUUUGGAUAUGUGAAGAGCUAGCACAGUGCACCAACCAUCCCCAGGUGAAGGAGGCCAUCAAUGUCAUAGGUGUGACACUGAAGUUUUCUAAUAAACUAGUAGCUCAAGUAGCCUGUGAUGUUCUUCAGCUGCUGGUUUCUUAUUGGCAAAAGCUUCAGAAGUAUCAAGCCUCUCUCUCCAGAAAAAUUACUGAAAUCCUUGUGGCCACUAUUGCAUUUCUUUUGCCAAGUGCUGAGUACUCCUCUGUGGAAGCAGAUAAAAAGUUUAUAGUUUCACUGCUGCUUUGCUUGUUGGACUGGUGUAUGGCACUGCCCAUGAAAAUGCUACUGGAGCCAGUGUCUGCUGGUGCUCUUGAAGAUCAGCAUGCAUCCAAAGCACCUUUACUGGACUACAUUUACAGGGUCCUGCACUGCUGUGUGAAUGGCUCCUCUACGUACACUCAGCAGAGCCAUUAUGUGCUGAGUCUGGCAGAUCUCUCCUCCAGUGAUUAUGAUCCCUUUUUGCCACUGGGAAAUGUCAAGAGCUCUGAGCCUGCCCAGUGCCACCCCUCCAUGGAUCUGGGCAACCUGCUGACUGUUGCUGAGGAAAAAAAGAGGAGGAAUUUGGAGUUGAUACCUUUAACAGCACGGAUGGUUAUGGCUCACCUGGUGAAUCACCUGAGCCACUACCCGCUCAGUGGAGGCCCUGCUAUUCUCCACAGUCUCCUUAGUGAGAACCACGACAACUCCUACGUGGAGUCCUCUGAGCUGUCCUCUGAAGUCUUCCGGAGUCCCAACCUGCAGCUCUUUGUCUUUAAUGACAGCACUCUCAUAUCUUACCUCCAAAUCCCUGCAGAGAAGAAGGCAGACACUGAGCCAGCAGCAGCCCCCUCCAGUGUCAGGGUCAUCGUCAGGGACAUCUCUGGGAAGUACUCCUGGGAUGGCAGAAUACUGUAUGGGCCUUUGGAGGGCUGCCUCCCACGGCAGAGCUCAGCCAACACCUUUGUCAUCUCAGGAAACCCUGAGCACAACUUCAUUUCCCAGAAGGACAUUGCUCAGGUGGAAGAAGGAGAAGAUGCUCUUGACCAGUUGCUGGAAAAGAUCGGGAGCAGCAGUCCCGAGUGCCUUCUGCAUCCCCAGCGCAAGCUGAAUGAGCCCUCACCACCACCCUUUGGCAUGAGCCACGACCAAGAAAAUGCCAUCACUGAAGCCCUGCUGAGGCAGAGUGCCCAGGAAAAAGAGUAUAUAUUUAAGUGCAGCUCUGACUCCAGUAUGAAGGUGGGCUGUCAAGAAGAACCACGUCCUGCUGAACCUCAGGCCUCCUUUUAUUUCUGUCGGCUGUUGCUAAACGACUUGGGAAUGAAUUCCUGGGACAGAAGGAAAAGCUUUCAUCUUCUUAAGAAAAAUUCAAAAUUACUGCGAGAAUUGAAAAACCUGGAUUCCCGGCAAUGCCGUGAAACUCACAAGAUUGCAGUGUUCUACAUUGCAGAAGGACAGGAGGACAAGUGUUCCAUCCUGUCCAAUGCAAGGGGAAGCCAGGCAUAUGAAGAUUUCGUUGCUGGACUAGGCUGGGAGGUUGACCUUUCAACACACGGUGGGUUUAUGGGCGGCCUGCAGCGCAACGGCAGCACGGGGCUCACUGCCCCCUACUAUGCUACCUCUACUGUGGAAAUCAUUUUUCAUGUCUCUACAAGAAUGCCCUCAGAUUCAGAUGAUUCACUCACCAAAAAGCUUCGUCACUUGGGAAAUGAUGAGGUUCACAUCGUCUGGUCUGAGCACACCAGGAACUACCGCAGAGGCAUUAUACCCACAGACUUUGGAGAUGUUCUAAUUGUUAUUUAUCCCAUGAAGAAUCACAUGUUUUUCAUAGAGAUAAUGAAGAAACCAGAGGUGCCCUUCUUUGGUCCUCUCUUCGAUGGAGCAAUUGUGACUGCAAAGCUGCUGCCAAGCCUCAUCUGUGCCACGUGCAUCAAUGCCAGCAGAGCUGUCAAGUCACUCAUCCCUCUCUACCAGAGCUUUUAUGAGGAAAGAGCUCUGUAUCUCGAAGCAAUAAUCCAGAACCAUAAAGAAGUAAUGACGUUCGAGGAUUUUGCCGCUCAGGUCUUUUCUCCCUCUCCCAGCUACUCCCUGGGUGGAACUGGCUGCCUCACCACCAGCACCAGCGCCAGCGCUGACCUGGCUGCCACCGUAGGGCUGGAGUUAGCAGAGCUGCCCUCUCCCACGCUGCCACGUGCCUCCAGGAACAGAGUCUCGGGGAAGCUUCGCCGCUCAGCCAGCGCACUCAGCAAAUCUUCCAACUGAGGGGCUGUGGGAGCACAACUCCACCCAAGGGACCUUAGAAUAAAUAAUUUGCUGCCUCUACAGAGCUUGCAGGUUUGGAUGAGCAGGUGUCAGAGGGAGCAGCCAAGGGGUUUGCUUGGUCACUUUCUCCUGCAGCCAGCCAGGGGUGGCUGAUGCUCAUAUCUCCCCUGCUCACCCUCCUGCGUUUCACUCCGUUUCCAUCAGAGACUGGCAGGAGCUGUCACUGCUGGGGUGGCAGUGGCUGCCCAAGCACAGGGGCUGGUGUCACAGCAAGAGGACACAAACCGUACUGAAACCAGUUCUUAAAUGUAACUGUAGAGCACGUAGUCAUUCCAGUCGGCACUUAAUUGUCUGUUAGGGAAUCUUAAAUAGACAGAGGUUUUCACCUGACAAGCCAGGAAACACGCAUCCCCUCCUGGGAGCGGGUGGGUGGUGGAGGUGCUUUCCAGGCUGUGCUCAGCCUUGCUCCCUGGCUACAGCCUGUGGUCAUCCAGCACUGGCUCUGUGCCUAUAGCAAAGAAUUAGUAAUUGCCAGAGAUCACCUACCUGAAAUGCAGGAGGGAAUGUCCCGUUUCACAGCUCAGCACCUGCACCGCGCUCCCUGCGCACGGGCACCCAGCAGUGCUGGCUGCAGUGCUGGAGCCAAAGGCACUGAGGGCCCUGCGGGUGCAGCAGAUCACAUGUGAACACCAGGGCAGGCAGGAGGCACCUGUGAGCAGCUACCAGGCCAGUUGGGUUUUACCUUCAUGUCUUGGCCCUCCCUCCAACAAUGGCUUUGGCUUCAGGAUGGCUGUGCCAGCCGCCAUGGUGCAUGCAAUGCCUGCGUGUGUGAACUGCUCACUAGGAAAAUAACCAAAUUCCUUUCUGAAGAGAAACUGCUGCAUGUUUGCCAUGACUACUGCUCACCAUGGUUUGCAUAGUUAGCCCUCCUAGGUAACCACCUCACCUUGUCACAGCAUGCAUCAGGGCAAUAGUCUGCAACUUGAAGCAUCUCUAGUUAGAAUAAACUAAAACUGAAGGCUUUGGAGGGCAUGCAGGGUCCUCCUGGCACUUUGUGUAGUAAGCAGAGCUUGCAUUUUCAACAGGAAACGUAUUUCUGUCUAGGUGUAUCAUAGGUUUCUAGGGGCGUAACUUUUUAUAGCUAAAAAUCCUGUAUUUUAGAAACAAAUCUGAGCACUACCCUGCUACCCCGUGGUGUGGAGGAGGACGGCCAGACUGAAGGCAGAAAUCCAUUGGUGCUCCACUGUGAUGGGACUGGUGGGACACUCCAUGGGCAGCAGAACGUGAGCCUCCUCCUGCCAUGGCUGCUGGACCCACCAGGGCUGGGGCUGGGCACCCCCAAUCAGCCUGGGCACCCCUGGCCUCCGGGGCAGGGCACAGGGAGAGAAGAUGGCUGUAAGGCAGACACCACUGUGUCACCUUUAUUGCUUUGAUGGUUUGAAUAUCAGCAUCUGCCCAUGCUUGAGUGGUGCAUUAGCCCCCUCCCAUCACCACCACCACCACCCCCCCCCGGCUUUCCUAACCCUCCUCAGGAACAAAAACAACAACAAAAAACAAAAUCCACUUUUUGUUCAGUUUCUGUUUGGCUUGCUGCUCAGCAUUCAAAUGCACACCUUGGCACUUGGUGGGCUGUGGUUUAAAUGAAGCAAAAUGCACCAUGGGGCCACUGUGGCUUUUGCACUUGUACCUUUGUGUGAAUGUGUCUGUGUGUCCACUCCCAGCCCCGUGGCUGCCCAGGACACCAUGUAUCAACACUGCUGGGGAGAGCCUCAUUUACAAGGGGGCAUGAUUUUGAUUUCCUGCCUCACCUUUUUUGGUUUUGCUUCCUACUGAUUGUGUGUCUGUAAAGGAAAUUAGAAAAUAAAAUGUACUUUAAUUUAUUCUAUUUUCAGAACUGGAUAAGGAGGCUCUCUUGUUCUUACUUAUCCAAUAAAGUGGUCUUAAAUAAUUUCAAAGUCAUUAUUCUGAACAAGACUUUUCUUGUUAUAGCAACAUGCAUCUCUAGUUCAGGGAAGAAUUAAAAUACUGAUGAUGUAAAGAGCACUGAUGUAAAAAAGAAAAAAACAAAACAAAUCACUAAAAAUAUCAAUUUGUAAAAAUUCAGUU